AACACGGCCCGGGACCCUCGGUGUGAACGCAAACAGGAGCGGGGAUCCCUCAGCCUCAGGGGUGGCCGGGAGGGUGCGGGGGUACCCGGGGUGCCAUUGCCCGGGGGCUGGCACAGACCGGGGAACGCCGGGUUGAGGGUUUUUUCCCUCGCCUGUGGGCUGUGAUUGUGGCCAUCGACCUCCGCUGGGGCCUGAGAGCAGAAAAAGAAAAAAAAAAAAAAAAAAUAAGAGAGAAAAAGGUUGCCCAAGCGUUGUUAAGCAGCUUAAUUUCGUAGGAAUCGGUAAUUGCCAGGAGCAAAAGCUGAGUGAAUGUUCCUUCAAAUAAAUCCCAAACAAUGCUCAGAGGAUCUAAAACUCCCCUGAGAGUUAAAGAAAAUGAGAGUGGCUGUCCUGGACGGAAGGAAGAGGCCUCUUUCACUCCAUCAAGAGACCAGAAGAGCUGCAAAGCGACCAAAUCCAAAGUCGUCAGACCAUCCAAGAAGGAGAAUUUUGGUGAUGGGAACCAGACAGGGCCACCAAAACGUGCCCUGAAAUGGCCCAAAGUCCCCGAGGAGCAUUUGUGUCAGCCCCGGGGGUCUGAUGUGAGCUGGCAGCUCCCUGGGGUGCUCAGUGAGCCCCCCUCGCCUUUGCACACCAGGGGGGAUUGCUCCAGCAGCCGAGCUGUUCCCUUGGGAAACGACUUCUGCACUCCUGAGAGGGACAAAGAGGAUGGAAAACCUGAUUUUGGACUGUCUGAACAGCGGAAAAAACCUGGUGGCUUUGCUGCUGUGAUAACUGCUGAGUUCGGGACGGCUCAGGAAGGCUUUGGCAAACGAGCCACGGGGACUUCCCCAACUUCGCUAAAAUUUAGGAGGAGAUCAACCAUCGGCUUGAGGGGAUCCCCAGAAAACAACACCCUGAUCCGGUACCUGGCGCAGCAGAGGAGCAGCAGGCAGGGAGAAGCUUUCACCCAGAUCAGUCCUUUUAAACCUGCGAACGUGAGGUCGCUGAAGGACAAGAUCGACGCUUUCCAAGCCUCCUUUGAAUCCCUGCAAGAGGCUGAGGGGGAGGCUGGGCUCUCACACCUGGGGGAGCCUUCCCAGCAGAGAGGUUCCUGUAAGCUGAUUAAAUCUCCUGCUCAGAGCAAAGCACCUUUUAAAAAAGAGCCAAGCCUGGAGCACUGGAGUGAAAAGUUCUCGUUGAGCACCAGAGGAACUGCUUUGAAAGGAAAUUUAAGUGAAAAUGGGACCAAGAGCAGCAGGAGUGAGCUCAGGAUCUGCAGCAUCUUGUCCCCGCACCGAGCUGUGGCUGCCCCUGACCCUGCUGCUGCAAAGGAAUGGGUUUGUGAGCGACAAAAUCCUGUUAAAUCCUUGGAGACUGUUGUAACUGGAGAUUCCCUGGAAACAGGCCACGUUUCCAGGUGUGACCGAGGUGAUGCUGUCUCGGAUCUCAGCCCAAGGAAAGCUGUGGAAGAUGUCAGCCUGGGAAUGCUGGGUGGAAACCAAACCCCUGGGACACCUCUGGGAGCAGGGAACAUCCCCAGCAGUGACCUCUCCCAGAGCAGCUCCCUGCUGAGGUCCAUCCUGAAAAAAACCCCGGGGAUGGAGCUCGGGGACAGCCCCAAGGAAUACUCCAGCAGAGCCAUUGACAAAGGAGGAGGAGAAUCUGCUGCAGGCUCCAGUUGUGUAACAGCCAUUGAAACGUUGCAAACAGAGACGCCUGACGCUCAGAGCUCCAAAACACCAAGGAAGAAAAAAGUGACUUUUGGGGAAGUGCUGAGCCCCGAAAUCUUUGACCAAAGCCUUCCUGCCAACACCCCCCUACGCAGAGGAGCCUCCCCAGGGCACGGCCCCGGGGCAAGGCCAGCCCUCUCCGAGGAGCCUUUGCCCCUCCUGGAUUUUGGUUGGGAUGAUGAAGGUGUUGAGCCUCUCCCAGAAUUCCUGGAAGGUUCUGUUGCUGCAGAAGCCCCUUCACCUGUGGAAAAUGCAGAAGUAGCAGAUACUCACAAACCUGACGUGAUAACAACUCGUUCUUCUACGAAAAGGAAGCAGGGUGGGGCUGUGGCAGAGGGCACAGAUCAGAGCAGCUCUGGGGCACUGAGCACUGAGAGUGACAAAGGCACCAAAAACCCGAGGAGGAGCAAGAUCCAGAGACAGAAAAAUCCAAGCACAGCUGCUCCCAAGAAGACCCAGAAAACAAAAUACCCGUGCUAUGGGAAAAGAAGAAAGAAAAGAGUCAAGAAAUCUUUGUAUGGAGAAAGAGAAAUGGCUUCUAAGAAACCCCUCCUGAGCCCUAUCCCUGAAAUUCCAGAGGUUUUCUCUUCUGUCUCGUCUCCAAACUCACCAAAGGCAGAUGGACUUUUUACAGGUGCUUGCUGUCGUUCAGAGCCUGCAGCUUUGGCUGCCCCCGCACCCGAGGGUGCCUGCAGGGACACUGGAGGGACGUUUGGGAAAGAAAACCUGGAGGAGGCAGCAGCCACCAGCUCUGGACACCCCGAGGUGCCAGGGAGCCUGGAGGGUGCUCCUGGCUCCGCUCCUGAGUUUUCUGUGCCAGGUGCGGAAGGUGAUUUUGAUACAUCUGAGUAUUUCCAGCAGGGCAAAGAGACUCCACGUGAAAAAGCAGCAAAACACUGCAGUUCCUUGAUAGAAAAGGAGGAAUUAGAAGGAAAUCUCCUCACUGAGCCGGGAAUUCUGGAACCACAGGAUGAACAGGAGCGUGCCCAGAGAGCCAAGCGUCCUCUAAAGGAUUCUGUCAGAGGCGAUCCAGCAAGGAGAAGAAGAAGAAGAAGCAGCAGCACCUUCUACUUCCCUCCUGUCGAAAACACGGAAAUAACUGGGGCUGAUCUUCCCUUCUCCUGUUACAGUGUGGAAGAAGUUUUAUCAGUGCCCCGGGCCCAGGAGGGGUCCCUGCAGGGCCGCAGGAGCAGCGCCGAGCUCAGGGUGAGGCGCAGCAUGAGGCUGAGCAGGGAUGCAGCCGCUGAGGGACUUGCAUGGAUCCAGCUUCCCCUGCCGGCUGCUCCCAAGGGCAGGAGAAGCAUCAGCGCCUCCGUCCUGGCAGGAGCUGAGAACGUCCGCAGGGAGCAGAACCCGCUGCCCUGGGCAGCGCCGGGCAAGGAGAACGAGGGCUCUGCUGCUCUGGCCGCUGCUCCCGGCAGCACGCGGAGGAGGAGAAGCCUCUCGGAAGCCACGGCUCGAGAAACGCUCAGGGCCCCCAGCCAGAGGAGGAGAAGCACAAAUUCCGGGUGUGGGAAGGACGGGAGUGACCAAAACCACUCGGGAGCAGCAGAAACUCUUGAGCUGAGAUGGAAAGAUGUUUCAGGCAUCUCUGAUUUUCUCAAGUGAAGGUGCUUCUUUGAGCCUGGUGUUGCCUCUUGAGCGCAGUUUUCUUCUCUUUCCCACUUGUAUUUCCUCACUUAUUUUCUUUACUCAUCUUCUGGCUAACUUAGAGCUCAUUCUCCUUGUCUUGAUGCCUAAAAUGUUUGAAGAUCUGAACUGUGUGGCAGAGUGGCUCAGAGCAUUGGUCUGGCACAGUUUAGGGCAGGUAAUGAAGAGAAUAAAGAAAUUCUUCUCCCCGAUAAAUGUGUGUUUGUCAGAUGUGUCCUUGCAGCUGCAGUUGCUCCAAGGGUUUGUUUCCCACGUGCUUGACCCUUCCCUAUAAAUUGCUGUUGAAAUCUGCGUGGAUUUUCUUCUGGAUUGCAAAAACACAUUAAAAAAGAGAUUGUCUGCAACUAAUAAAGGAAUCAUUUAUUGAAAGGGCAGAGGGGGACGUGGGGAGCCUGUUUCUGUCUUCUGAAAAGAAGGCCGUGAGCAGCGGUGGGCUUCCUUAGAGUAACAUUUUGUGUUAAGAGUUCAUGAAUAAAGGGUGGUCAUUAAAGAGAAAAAAAAAAGCACUUUUAAAUGUUUAUUGUGUAUAAAAUUCAUCUGGCAAAU